CGCACAACUGAUCCAAAUCUCCCUUCUUUUCUUUUCCCCUUUCCAUUAUUUUUCUUUUUUUUCUUCCUCCCACGAUUAAAUGUCCUCCACUCUCGACGCCGUACUGGCCAGCAUUGACCAGGUCGAGGCACUGAGUCCAGAUGACUUUUACCGGGUCAUCGAACAUUGGAAGCGGCGAGCUGCGAUCCUGUGGGCUGGUCCAGCUCUCCCGAUGCGUGGACCGGCUCCCCCGAUGCAGGUUAGCUCUAUUGCAGCUCUUGAAUGCUUUGUUCGUGCUUUUUUUUCCAUCCAAUUGAAAGACAAGAGAAAAUCAUCAUUUUUUCUCUUUCUUGCCCUUUUUCUUCUUUCCCUCCCUGAUGAAGGUAUGAGACGUAGCUGACCGUGGAACGACGGAUGGAACGACGUCCUCGGAAAUUCCAUAGGCAAAUGCACCCCCUACUCCCGCAACGGAGAAUAACGAGCCAGUUGCUGCAAUGAUGAACCCUUUGCAUAUCCCUCCAGGUCUGCCAGUCCCUAUAAUGCAACAGCAGACCGCCAAGAAACGCCGGCAGAAGAGCACGGCUUCUACGCGCAGUAGUAACGUUAACAUUAACGGCGGAGGUUCAGACCCUUCUACUCCCUCGACCAUCGGCCCGUCCACUUGGACCACCACCGCGAGAAAACGACUCGACAGUAAGAUGCUCUCCCUGAAAGACUCGACCGUCCCCCCGCCGAGUAAUGCCACGCUUGCUCUUGCGAUUGAGAAGUUGAGGUACUUCAUCAUCAGAGCGCUGCAUCCGAAUCUCCACAGUGUUGAGAAGGGAGGUGACAAUUCUUUGGGCCUGUCCAUGGGACCGCGUAUGAGCUUUAAUUACGAUGCGUACAUUCAUUGGAUCGAGUCCAGUCAGCAAGAAGGUGAUGAGGCUACCAGGCGACUGGCCCAGGUGUGGUUCUUCUACAAGAUGGCCGAUAUAUUAACCAUGUUCUGCGAUGACGAGAAGAGACGCGGGGAGGGUGGUAAUGAGCAAGGAAGGUUGCAGAGAGGUUAUGAUAAGCUGGUUAGUAUCGACUGCAUUACAUCUUCGGACCUGGCCCUUGUUCACUGCCAUUCGCCAAGAUGCAGCUUGCUGAUUUUUUUCGGGAGGGGGGAUGGCUAGUUGCCGAUUUGUAAACGUAUACUGGAUACGGAUAAUCGCCAGUACAUUCGCAACCUGAUUUGCUCUAGUCGCCGGUUCAGACAGCUUUGCACUCACAUGGUUGGCUCCGAACGCGCCGAGAUAUUUGUCUUUUUCAAGGGGGAGCUUACGCUCACCGAGUAAGCCACGCACCCCAUUAGGCUAUGCCUCUUAUCUGCUCCUUUUUUCGCUAACGUACUCCACAGCCUUAAGGACAUGACCGCCUCCGCCGCAAAGAUGGAUGAGACCACCGCUAUGCUCGACGUCGUUCUGGAAGACUAUCUGACUACCGUUAGUAACAUUGAAGUUCCGAUCGGCGGCGAGCUGACGGGAAUCAAAAUCGAUAUGUGGAACGGUGUCUUGCAAUUGUCCUAAUAGGAGAGCAAGUGGGUAUCGCUCUUCUCCUGAAUAUCUGGAUACCUUUUUUCCAAUUGAAACAAAAACAAAAACCAAUAGCCACAAUUACAUCAAAACCGUCUUAAUUGUAUUACUAAGUCUUUUCUUUUCUUUUAGUCCCUUUAAGUUGUCUGCUUUAUUUGGCUCAUCCAUACUUUCCUUUGCUUUUUUGCUUAGAGGCGUUAUGGAUUCUUUCGUCCUGCUUGUUUACUGUCUUUUUUUUUCAAGUUCAAGUUUGCCCCGCCUGUCUGUCUGUCUGCUUGUUAUAGUUGGGUUAGCCAUGUCCUUUUUUUGGUCGCCUUUUUUUUCCCUUUUUGUCUACUGCAAUAGUUGAAAGUUGUUAAGUGAUGCACGCGCAGACCGACCGGUGCAGGGCGAAAUUAAUUGAAGGAUGGGUUGAUGGUAUGGACGGAUGGAUAGGUGUAAUCCAAUAGACAGUGUCGUACAGUAUCAUAGAGAUGGGAGAGGAGAGAAGAGGAAGAGGAAAGAAUGGGGGAGAAGGGGAAAAAAAUAUCUGUCUGCGUUCAUGUGUUGUAGCUUGAGUUUUGCAUUCUAAAUGUGGUAUGGAAGAGUGGAUGGGCAUAAUAUUAUGAUACCACUGGUGACUGAUAAUGCUAGUAGCAUAUGUGUGCGGGUAGUAUACAAUAAUUUACUUUUUACUUAUUAUUAUUACAGUGCUAUGAAUGGGUUUUUAAGUAAGUGCUGGGAUAGGUUUGGGCGAAGUAAUAUGAGCGCGCACUAGUUAAAACCUGACAUUCGGGUUCUUGUUUUGUUGAAAGUCAGAAAACACAUGACAACCUUGGCAAUAUGAUAUAGCACAACAAAUUUUAUUUAUUUAUUUAUGAGGACAGGUACAUGGCUUUAGAUGCCCUUUUUAUCGUUCUUGGUACCGGACUGUUGGUUGCACUUAUUUGGCAAUUUCUCAUCCCCACACUUUCUUCAGUAUUUGUUCCAGGCAAGAAGUACUCGGGUGUCAGGGUAUUUCGUGUCCAGCGGUACAAGCUGCCAUCCUCCUGCCAUGUACUCCUAUUUGUCAACUUGGUAUGGUGCAUGUAGUCUAUAACGUCAACCAGCGGUGUUUCAAAUGUAAUGCCUUACAUAAUCAGGGUUCAGGUUAUUUCUGCUUAAUUUUAACUUUAUUGAUUAUGAGACUGAAGUUUGAUAGAACUUGAGUUAUGCUUUACACCUUAACUACUCUUUCAAUUCCCUGUAAGUAUUGAUAUCACUGUGACUAGAAAUCCUGUAUAAGAUUAGUAAAAUAGAGGAGAGGAGAGCUUUUCAUAGUAUUAUAUACAUUAAGACUCAGGAAAGACAAAAACAUGAUAAUGUGAUUUGUAUUUCUAGUUUACAACAUCUUCAUAUAUAGUUGAUCCAUAUAUGAUAUUUGACUGAUAGAUCUCUAUAAUAUGAUUGGUCUUUGCCUAAUGUUUCUAAAUCAACUUGUUUGGUACACUGGCCAAUACCUCAGGAACAA